CUCUGAUUGGUGGGUGGGCGUGGCGGCGUUGAUUGGCUAUAUGCGCCGGCGUGGCGUGCUUGUAGCCAUUCCGAGAUAGAGAUCUAGGCCCAGGUUGCGGGAGGGGAGAAUUUCUGUGGCCAGAGAAGUGGACUGAGGUGCCAGAGCCUGGGAGGCAGACUUUUCUGAAGCUGGAACUCUUGAAAACAACACAGAGGAGAGAUGGAGAAAGAUAAUAGCCCUGUCAUUGAAGAGCCUAAGACUGACUGGAGACUGUCUAAGGGCCUGCAGGACCUCCUCACCUGCCCUGUCUGUGGAAGCUUUUAUAAUGAUCCUAUAACGGAUGAUUCUGGCAAAACCUUCUGCCGGGGCUGCCUCCCUCAGGGAUCCCAGCUUUCCUACCUCCAUACCAACUGGAAAAUGCAGAGCAUGGUACAAGUGGCCAAGCAGCUGAAGCCCUUCCUUGAGCAGCCCCAGGGCCUCCUAGAGGACUGGUGUACCAAACACCAGGAAUGCUUGAGCUUUCUCUGUCGAGAAGACAACGAGAAAAUCUGCCGGGUCUGCAGCUACUCCAGACUUCACCAGGGCCAUACCCUGACCCAACUGCAAGACCCCAAACUGGAGGAUAAUUCUGAAGAAGGCAAAAAGAAGAAGAAGAAAAGGAAGAAGGACUAGACCAUGGAAUUGUCUUCCACUGGGGCAGGAUACAGGGCCCCAUAUGACACUGUUUGCACCUUUACCCAAACUCUUAUGGACUCCUGCCUGGAAUCCCAGUCAGUCAGUCAGUCAGUCAUGGACCCUUUCUCAAGGACGAGAGGAUCCAGGACGGAAGAAAUUUCAGAUUGAAGCUUCUUCCCAGACUAGAUUGUCAAACUGAUUCAGCCCUGGCAGCUAGUGGCCUCUUGGGGCAGUACUUGAAGUUUUUUAUCUGAUGAUCAUCUAAUAAAAUGGCUCUUACCCAC